AGGCGGGUUCGGGUGUCUCCCGGCUCCGGCUGCUGCUGCUGCCGCCUCGUGAGUCUGGGGCCAGACGGGCGCUGGAGGGGCCGUGUCGGGGAGGCGGCGGGAUAGGCGGCCCCCGGGCAGCCCCCCGCCAUGGGUAACGUCCUGGCUGCCAGCUCCCCCACACCCUCCCCCACCAUGCCGAGUCCUGGAUCUGGGCUGGUGUCAGUGCCUCCUGGCUUCACCAUGCCUCCUGUCAGCGGGCUGGGCCCUCCUGCGCAGGAGCGGCCAGAGGAGAAGGGGGAUCGGCUGCCCAACCCGGGCACCUUUGAGGAAUGUCACCGCAAGUGCAAAGAAUUGUUCCCCAUCCAGAUGGAAGGUGUGAAACUAACACUGAAUAAAGGUCUUAGCAACCAUUUCCAGGUGAAUCACAGCGUCGCCCUCAGCACUGUGGGCGACUCCAGCUACCACUUCGGGGUCACCUAUGUGGGCACCAAGCAGCUCAGCCCCACAGAGGCCUUCCCAGUGCUGGUGGGCGACAUGGACAACAGUGGCAGCCUCAAUGCCCAGAUCAUCCACCAACUCUCGACCCGACUGCGCUCCAAGGUGGCCUUCCAGACACAGCAGUCCAAGUUCGUGAACUGGCAGGUGGAUGGAGAGUAUCGGGGGGAGGAUUUCACGGCGGCAGUGACGCUGGGAAACCCCGACAUCCUGGUGGGCUCAGGGAUCCUGGUAGCCCAUUACCUACAGAGCAUCACACCCUGCCUGGCGCUGGGCGGCGAACUGGUCUAUCACCGCCGGCCAGGAGAGGAGGGCACCGUCAUGUCUCUGGCUGGGAAAUACACAGCACCGAACUGGAUUGGGACCUUGACAGUGGGGCAAGCGGGGGCCCAUGCAACCUACUACCAUAAAGCCAAUGACCAGCUGCAGGUGGGCGUGGAGUUUGAGGCCAGCACACGCAUGCAGGACACUAGCGUCUCCUUUGGCUACCAGCUUGACUUGCCCAAGGCCAACCUGCUCUUCAAAGGCUCUGUGGACAGUAAUUGGAUCGUGGGUGCGGUGCUGGAGAAGAAGCUGCUGCCGCUGCCCCUGACGCUGGCCAUGGGGGCCUUCCUGAACCAUCGCAAGAGCAAGUUCCAGUGCGGCUUCGGCCUCACCAUUGGCUAGAGCCCUCUCCUCCUCUCCUCCCAGUUCCAGUGUCCCCCCACCCAGUCUGCCAUGCAGUUUGAGCUGCCCUGGGACCCUUUGCCCCACCCAUCUGCGCUGGUGCUGCCCAGCUAAGCCCUGGAGUGUGGGGCUCCAGCCCCUUUACUGCCCCAUGCAGGCACCUCCCCACAGGGCCACGUCCUGACAGAGCCCAGGGGUCUGAUCCCCAGGGCAAGCCCCUUAGUUUGGCGGUUCUGGCACUGUCCUGUUGCAGUCACUUUGUCUGCUCCUCGGGACAGGUCCCUGGGGGCUGCUCAGCCCCAAACACAAGGUUCGACCCUCUGGUGGGAGGGCAGGCGCAACCCUCCCUGCCUCGGGGCGGGGACCCAGUGUCUUGGACUUGGGGCUGUGGGCUGUCCUGGGACACCAGGUAGGGAGGGUGCGUGGGAACCCAGUGACAGGAUAACCCCCACAUCUGAUUCCCUGUGCUGACAUCCUUCCUCACCAGAGGGCACUGUGACCUCAGGAACGGUCCUGCCCCUGGAGCAGCGGGAAGGGGGCUGGCUCUAUCCUGGGGCUGGGAUCGCUGGGCCUGUUGCACUGAGUGGGGAUCGGGGCUGGGUGGGUCUCACCCUCAGCGGGUGGGGUACACUGACCCUGCAACUGUCCGCCAGGAGGGGUUGGAUCCCUCCCCAAAGCCGCCCCCAUCUCGGUGCAGCUGUGGGGAGAUUCUCUUUGUGCCAUUUAUAGCCCUCCCUUGUAUCACUGGGGUACCAGUGGCUCUGCAGCCUCUUACCUCACACCCAGGGAGCUAUGGGGCAGACUCUGUGCCUGGGGUGAUGGGGCCACAACCUCUCUGGCUGCUGCACCCCAGCUCACCUGCUCAAUCCUACUCCGCCCCUCCCAGCCGAUACUGAUCCAAAGAGACACAAGGGACCUAUGGAGUGCUCUCUGCACCCACCACGGAUUGGGGGUCUGUGUCUGUGCCCCCCUGACAGGAGGAGCAGCAGUUUGGGGGGCCCUGCCUGCAUCCCAUCCCCACCCAGCAGCACUGAGGAAUAGCAGCGCUUUGAGGGAGGGGUCCUGUCAGCCCCCCAAGCAGCACCAGGAGGAGCAGUGGAUUGGUGGGUCCUUCUCAGCCCUCCCACCAGUACCAGGAGGAGCAACGGUUUGGGGAAUCCCAGCAGCACCUGGAGGAGUGGAUUGGUGGGUCCCUCUCAGCCCCCCCAGCAGCACCAGGAGGAGCAACGGAUCGGGGGAUCCCACCAAUACCAGGAGAAGCGGUGGAUUGGGGGUUCCUCCGCCUGCCGUUAGAGACGCUGCAUGUAAAUCAUGUUUAUAAGUUAUGGGAACUGAAGGAUCUUUUAUAGAGAACCUCAGAACACUGCCCCCUCUCCCCAAGAUGUUGGAUAUGUCCAGUCUGAAUAAACCUCGCAGCACUGGGCACCAUC